AUGUCGUCUUCCUCUGCGGUCGCCUGGCUGCACCGCGUCUGCUUCGACGACUAUGGCUACACAUUUUCCCUUGCUGCCCUCGCCAUCGUCUCAGCUGCGCUCUCCCAAGUUGUUCUUCGACGCAUCAGCUUCACCGAGAUCGACUUCCAGACCUACGUCGGCCAGGCAGCACUCUUUCUACAGGGUGAACGCCACUAUGCCAACCUCAACCCGGAGGGAGGUAGCGGUCCUUGCGUCUACCCUGCUGCCCAUCUCUACGUCUACUCUUUCUUCCACUGGCUCACUGAUGGCGGGAAAAACAUCCUACCCGCCCAAAAAGUCUUCGCAGGUCUAUUGACGGCCAACAAUCUCAUCGUGGGCCUGCUUUACCGUCAAGUAGGAAUGCCACCAAUCGCAGUCCUGCCCUUGAUACUGUCCAAGCGUAUCUCUUCGAUCUUUCUGCUUCGAAUGUUCAACGAUCCCAUCGCCAUCUUUCUUGUCUAUGUUGCACUCUUCGCAGCCAUCAACGCAAGAUGGAAGCUUUCGGCCCUGUUGUUCAGCUUGGGAUUGGGUGUCAAGAUGAACGUCCUUCUUUUCCUUCCUGGCAUCGCUGCCGCUGCCUUCGCUUACACCGGUCUCGCAGGUGCAGUCUCGUACACAUCGAUCAUUGCCGUUGUGCAGGUGCUCAUCUCGCUACCUUUCACAUGGCACGAUGCACAUGCUUACCUAGCGCAUGCCUUUGACUUUUCAAGAGCCUUCCUCUACGUCUGGACGGUCAACUGGCGCUUUGUUGACGAGAAGACCUUCUUGUCUCAGCCUUUUGCGAAGGGUCUCCUUGCAAUACAUCUCGCUUUGCUUGCUAUCUUUGGCCUCUUCCGCUGGACUGCUAUCGGCACCCAGGGCCCUCGAUGGAUCUUCAACAAUCUCUCCAAGCAGACGUCCGCACUGGAUCGAAGGGCGAAAGUAGCCAUCCUUGGCACUGCAUUCACCUCCAACGUCAUUGGCAUCCUUUGCUCCCGGAGCUUGCAUUAUCAGUUCUACUCGUGGUACUUUCACCAGGUCCCACUGCUCUUGUGGUUCUCGAAGCUACCGGUGGUGUUGAAGCUUGUCGUGCCUGUGGCAUUGGAGUGGUGCUGGAACGUCUUUCCUUCGACCGAGAACUCCUCGUUGGUUCUGCUAGUUUGUCAUCUUUUCCUCGUCUCGGCCUGCUUCACUUUGCCAGGGCCGACAAGUACAGCAGAGACGGAGAGGAUAUUAUCAACACAACAAGAAGAUGAACAAGACGAGGUUGACGCGCUCCUUUCCAAUGAUGGCCUUCGUCCCAUCCGCAAGCAAGCGGUAGCAGCUCAUCUCGACACUACUUCUGUUUCAAAUGACGAACCCAUCGAGCACGACGAUGCCCUCCAACGUCUGGCAGAAGCACGCGCGGCCAAGGCGGCUAAAGAAGCAAAGCUUCGCAAGGCUUUCCAACGCCGUAUUGCCACUCGCCGUAGAGUGCUAGCCCUGCUUGGCCGCUUCUCGCUCCUCCUUCGACCACUGCUAGUCAUCCUCGCUCUUGCACUUAUCUUUGUCGUGCCACAUCCGCAGUCACCUGUUUCAAAAGGCACUUAUGUCGACGAAAAUGCCCUACAACCGGCCCAAGCAAGAGUCUACUGGGACUACUUCGACGUCACCUACGCCGAUAUGCUCUCGGAAAAAAUUUCGCGGUUGAGGGAUGCAAGCAGUGCAGAGCGUGCUGAUCUUGUCUACUCCCAGCUGCAGUCGUAUGGGUUAGAUGUCCACAGACAGCAGUUCAACUAUGAUAAACUUUUGCCAGGGAACAAGACGGUACUGUCGGGUACCAAUGUGUAUGCUAGGUCUGCAACUCCGCGUAUCGAUGGUAGAGAGGCUGUCAUUCUCACCGCGAGUUGGAGGAGUAGGUGGCUUGGUGAGGACGACCCUUUUGCACCUACAGCCGCCACCGCCAACGCGACUCGGACGACAUUCGACACGAGAGGCCAGAUCAACGUCCGUGGUAUCGCCUCCAUCCUCGCCCUCGCACGCUAUCUCACCACUCAAGCACAUCUCAGCAAAGACCUGAUCUUUGUCAUCAGCGACGGACAUCUCCAAGGCAUUCAUGCUUGGUCUUCGGCCUACUUCGGCAAUAUCCCACCCGGCCUUCAAGUAGAAGCAGUAGCUCAUGCAGGCUCACAAGUGUGGAAUGCUAUCUCAAUCGAUUACCCCUCGGAUUCUUUCUCUUCGCUCCAAGUGCAGUACGAAGGAUUCGAUGGUCAGCUACCCAACAUGGAUGUUAUCAACACCAUCGUUCGAAUCGCUCAACAUGUUGCUGGAAGCAUACCCAUAUCCUUGGCUGCUCAGUCGAGCAAGUCGCUCCUUAAAGAGGCCGUUCUGGAUUUGGCUAAACGAUCGGGCCUGAGCUUGCGGCCUGAUGUGGAGUACGGAUUGCAUCGCUACCAAGAUGGUCUUAGUUCAGCAAUACGACAGCUUUGGUUUGGCGUUGUGGGACAAGCGAGUGGGCCACACGGGUUUUUUCAACGAAACCAUGUCGAUGCGAUUACUAUCUAUGCUGUUCCAGCUACUGGACCCUAUGGAUUCUUUCACAUGGGUCGAGUGAUUGAGUCUUUCGUCAGAUCCAUGUCGAAUUUGAUUGAGAGACUGCAUCAUUCGCAGUUCUUUUAUCUGCUUCUCAAUCCGAGCAGGUUCGUUCCGAUUGGGACGGCGAUUUUGGUGCCUCUGUUCUUGUCGAUUUCCUUGACGAUUAGUGGAUUGGCCAAGUGGUUUGAUGAGGGGAAACGGUCCAAGGCUGAAAGAGAGGCUCUUUUGCUCAGAUUGGAAGCUCUGAAGGCAGAAAAGUACAUGCCUGCCGAGCAAGAUGUGAUGCCAGACAAUCCUACUUUGGCAUGGUAUCGCAAUCACCUCGUCCAGAGGAUCUUGGCUGUCGAAGAGGAGGAGGGCAAUGAGAAAGUGGCAACAAGAUUGCACGAGUUUGCAGAUGCAUUGCGAGACUCGAUCCGACCAAACGGUGCAGCGCUAGCAUGCGUAGCUUCAACAUUGGUGCUAGGUGCAGCAGUGCUGUACCAUGCCGACACUCUCGCUACUUCAGCUCUGGAUUCAACGAAAGACCUUGCACAGUGGCAACUCAUCACUCUAGCUUCCAUAGGAGUCAUGGCACUCGCACCAGCAGGCGCAUUCAUGAUUCGCAUUCGCACCACAACUAUACGAUGCAACCGCAUGAGCUCACUCCUUCUCGCUUUCGCCUAUCUACAAGCAGGCUUGCUCGUCGCACUACUAAGCGUGCUCAACUUGGCACAGGCAACGGUUCUAGCACUUGGAACUUACUCUGCUCUUCGCAUCGCCUCUUGGAAAUGCUCGGCGGUGGUAGGCUGGUUGCGAUUCGUGGUGAUGUCCAUGUUGCACCCGGUCAUGUGGGUACUAGCUCUGCGCAUGGUGCAAACCCUUGGAGGAGGAUCCUUUAAGGUCGCAUUCGAGCAAGCAAUGAUGCAUUGGAUGCUCUUUGGUUCGGCAACAGUGCCCAUUGUCUGCCUCGCUUAUCUGCCGAUUGUCGUUCAGGCUCAGUUAGCAGCUUUGCUUAACAUCUGA